GAGGAAGAGCCACCAUGGUUAGUGUCACAUCCUCAACCGAGAUCAGGAGUUCGACGAUCUCAGUUAUGGCGCGGAGAUGAACCUGAUGCCCCACGGGCGCCUGCGUAUGCGCCACAGCCACCACCACCUCGGCCAGAAUCUCGUGCAAGAGCUAAUUCUCUCAAAACUUCAUAUGCUGCUCCUGUUGUUGAACAAAGCUCUCAGAAAAAGCAGUUUAUGUCAGCUGAAGAACAAUACAAAGCUGAACUUGAAAGGCAGAUUGAGGAAAGCAGGAGAAGGCGCGAAUUAGAAAAGCAAAAAGAAAAGGAAGAAGAGGAACGCGAGAUACGAAGGCUAGAAAAAUACAACGAGAAAAUCCGCCAAGAAGAAGAAGCCGAAAAAAGAAAACAAAUGGAAAGAGCAAAGGCCAUGGAGAAACAUAGCGCAGAAGUGCGCGAAGCUAAUCUGAGAAAAGCAAAAGCAUUACCGAGAAGAGAAGUUGAAGUUGCCAAAAUCAAGGAACCGGUCGAAACAGGUGGUUUUAUUUGA